UGGUAGAAAGAAAGAUAAGGUGGGAGAAUUGGGAAAAACAAACCACAGAAAGAAGAGUGUGAUAGAGUAGAGAAGCAUGUCGACGGUGUCAAGCAUAUUCGGUGGCAGAUUGGUGGUGGCGCCGGUAAGCAGCGGCGGAAGUCGGAUUCCGAUUGGAGUAGGAGGAGUGGUGAUAGAGUGCUCUUCUCGGCCGAAGAAGAAGGCAACGGCGCACCACAUUAAGACAAGGCCACGUAAGACCCAGCCAUGGGACAUCAAGCGCAAGCCCACCGUAUACCCUCCUCUCCCUCCUCUACCUCCUGAAUGGUCCGUUGUUAUUCCCGCCGCCGAUGACUCCGACACUCCUCCUCCUCCUCCGCCGCCUCUUGCUGCUUAGGUGUUGUUGUCUUAUUGUACUUUUUGUUGUGUAUUUUGAAGCCUUAUGCCUAUGUUGCUGCUACAUACUCUGUUUUAUUUGUUAAUUAAAUUAAACUAUGGUGCUUCUUUA